CUACAGGGAGUAGUUGUGGAGCUGGAGCUUUUCAACUAACUCAGCUCCUGAAGUUUACAUGUGGUGGACACAGAGAGAGAGAGAGAGAGGGAGAGAGAGAGGGAGAGAGAGAGAGAGGGAGAGAGGAGGUGUGGCUUCAAAACACAUCAGGUGCUCUGAGAGACAGGUGUAGAAGUGAAAGGAUUAACUUCCACACAGCAGCCAAGCAGACAGCAUGAGCUCUCAGUGCUAGGAGGUUGAACCGGACGCUAAGCGAGUGCUGGAGGGCGAUGAGGAUCUGCCCCCAUGCUCGUGCUCCUAUCCUCGUGCUUCUGCCCGUUCAGCUGGGAUGAACAGAUCCUCUCUGUCUGAGGUAUGAUGGUCGGGAAGCAGGGGAAGCAGGGGAAGCAGUGGAGGUCGGUGUGUAAAGGUCUGGUUCUUGGUACUCUCCUCACCAGCUGCAUGAUUCUGCUCUACUGCCUUUCAUCUCCUGAGGUGCAGUUCAGUCUUCCAGAAAUUCCCGUGCCUUAUUCAUGUGCCCACCAGCCAUCACCAGGCCACUCCACAACUGGUUUGGGAAAGGAGAAGCAUGGAUGUACACCAAAGAUGGAUAUCAUGUUUAUGAAAACCCACAAAACGGCCAGCAGCACCAUCCUGAACAUCCUGUUCCGCUUUGGAGAAAAGCACCGCCUGAAGUUCGCCUUCCCGAGCAGCCGCAACGACUUCUUCUACCCCUCGCUGUUCUACCGCUCGCAGGUGAAGGACUACGGGCCUGGGAUGUGCUUCAAUAUCAUGUGCAAUCACAUGCGCUUCAACGAAGCCGAAGUAGCCAAGGUGCUUCCAGCGGACACCGUCUACAUCACCAUCCUGAGGGAUCCGGCAGAGCUCUUCGAGUCCUCCUUCCAUUACUUUGGCCGCUUAGUGCCUUUUACCUGGAAGAUCUCCGGGGACGAUAAGAUGGAAGAGUUCCUCAGUAACCCUCAGCUUUAUUACGACCCAGAAGGGUUCAAUUCCUUCUACCUCAAGAACUUGCUUUUCUUCGACUUCGGCCAGGAUAAUAAUUUAUCCUCGGACGACCCGAAAGUGGAAGAAGGCAUCCGUGCAAUUUCAAGACGCUUCCACUUGGUCAUGCUGGUGGAGCACUUUGAGGAAUCGCUCAUCCUUUUGAAGGACGCCCUUUGCUGGGAUAUGGAAGACCUGCUGUUCUUCAAACUCAACGCCCGGAACGGGUCCACCGUCUCCAAGCUGACCCCCAAGCUCAGAGCCAAAGCCUUGCAGUGGAACGCAAUUGACUGGAAGCUCUAUCAGCACUUUAACGCCACCUUCUGGAAGAAAGUGGAGGCGUAUGGUCGAGAGCGCAUGGCGGCCAACGUUGCAGAGCUGCGGCGCCGGAACGCGGAAAUGGCCAACAUCUGCAUUGAAGGCGGCCAUGCGGUGGACGCCGGGAGCAUCCAUGAUACUUCCAUGCAGCCAUGGCAACCUAUAGGGGAGAAAACUAUUAUGGGAUACAAUCUGAAAAAUAAUGUAGACAAAGCACAUCAGAAACAGUGUAGGAAGAUGUUGACGCCUGAGCUGCAGUACCUGACUGACUUGGGAGUCAAUUUGUGGAUCACUAGACUGUGGGGUCACGUGAGGGAUAUCCUUCACUGGUAGAGUCGGAGAAUAGCGGGUCGACCUCUGAUUUCUGUCUAUAUGCGUGGACAUCAAAGAUGUUCACCUUUGACCUCUGUGAACCAAACCAAAAUCUCGUUCAGAGAGUGAAUACAAAUGAGACUUGAUGCUCAUGGACCUGCAGGUUUUAAUGUCAUUUCAUUGGUCGGCUUUGUUAUUUCACUGAAGUUAUUUCACUGCGAUUUAUAGAAUUGUUAACUGGUGCUUGCGUCAAUCAUGAAAAACAAAACAAAACAAAUCAGUGACAUCUUGUCUGCCUGUCUGAAGACUUGUUUCUCUUUGCAUGCUGCCAAUGCCGUAUCAGUAAAGUCCUCUUGGUGAAAUAGACUGAUGUACGUGGAGGCACAGGGAUACUAUGUGUUCCUGUUUUAAUUCUUUUAUCAGCUAAUAUGAUCAAUUCAGCUGAUCAGAGAGCAACGCUGCACUCUACGUGCGGUAAAUCUUUGUCCAGAAGAAUUUAAGAGUCAGCUGUUAUAAAUGAGGAACAUACCAAAUGUGAGAUUAAAAUUCUAUGAAUAAAAUGAAAACUAACAUAAAUACGGCUCGGUGAUUUGUCUUCUUUGUGGUUGUACAGGACAUGAAGUUGUCUUGCAAUGAUUUUAAUGAUCUUAGUUCUUGAUCUUCUCACAGCUCACAAGUCCAAAAGCUUCACGAUUCCUUUACUCUUCUUACAGUACCAUCCACUUGCUUAACCACAAUGUAUUUAUUGGUAUAUCGUUGGUCAGUGUAUGCAGAAUUUAAAUGAAUUAAAGACAGGAUGUCAGAAACUACUUGGACAAGACCACCAAAAGGGGUUGCUAGCAGGUGUAUUGCUAUACCUUGUUGAAUGUCAUGUGGUUAUGUCACCUGUUUCCAAAUUGCUCCUAAUGUGUUGCCUUAUUUAUACCUGCCCUCUUGUGUCUGUCUUUGUCGUUAUGUCAGGAACUACUGGGAAAAUGACCUGCCAGCACCCCCUCUGGUGGUCUGCCAAGGAAUUGUCUCAGUAGUUCCUGACACAGUGCACUAUAUUGUCAAACGUUUUUGGGACACCCCUCCAAAUCAUUGAAUUCAGGUGUUGUUUUUCAGGGGUUGUUCUCGGCCCCUUAGUUCCAGUGAAAGGAACUCCUAAUUCUUCAGCAUACUAUGAUACUUUGGACAAUUUCAUGCUCCCAACUUUGUGGGAACAGUUUGGGGAUGACCCCUUCCUGUU